AUGCUCUACACCCCCGCACGGCUCUGGCCCAUCACUGCUCGCCAGCUCGCAUUUAAGCGUAUCCCACACGCAUCCCGUGCACUCUCGUCCGUCGCAACCACCUCCACGCCGCUCUCGCGUUCUUGGCUCGCUCCCCACCGCGUCUCUGCUCCUUCCACUCCCACCACCACUUCCCCCCUCUCCAUCUCCCGCAGCCGCGCCCGCGCCCUCUGCCUCUGCUCACGCGCACCCGACGACUUUGACAAGAUGGCCGAGUCUAUCUCUGGCGGCGCCGCCGUCUCGGACAAGAAGCCCGACGAGUACCGUCUUCCGACCACCGUCUACCCUCGUCACUACGACCUGGCGUUCAAGACCGACCUCUCGACCUCGCCUCCUACUUUUGGCGGUGAGGGCCUGAUCUCGCUCGACAUCCUGGCCGAUACCAAGGACAUCACCUUCAACCUCCACCCCUCCCUCAAGGUCACGCACAUUGCGCUCCAGGCCACUGAGCUCAAGACGGCCGCGACGGUCCAGAUCCCCGUCUCGGCCCUGACUGUCGACGAGGACCAGGAGCGUGGCCGUGUCGAUCUCUCGAACGUGCCCGGCGGCUCCCUCAAGCAGGGUUCCAAGGUCAAGCUCUUCCUCCGCUGGGAGAGCGAGCUCGGCGGCAACAUGGUCGGCUACUACAAGAGUGACGGCGACAAGGACGAGGCGGGCAACACCCCCAUCUACGCUCUCACUCAGUUUGAGCCCACGGCCGCUCGCCGUGCUUUCCCCUCGUGGGACGAGCCCCUCCUCAAGUCCGAGUUCACCAUCUCGAUGAUUGCCGAGGAGAAGUACACCGUCCUCGCCAACAUGCCGUCCGUUUCGGUCAAGCCUUGGAAGCCCGCUCUCAACAUUACUGUCGAGAACGCGUUCACUGAGACCUACGAGCUGGGCUCGCUCCUGAACCGCUCGUACGCCUCUGGAAAGACGGAGGGCAAGACGGAGGGCAAGACGGAGGGCAAGACUGAGGGCAAGACUGAGGGCAAGACUGAGGGCAAGACGGAGGGCAAGACGGAGGGCAAGACUGAGGCCAACCCUUCGUCGGGCAACUGGACCAUCACCAAGUUUGAGAAGACUCCUCUCAUCUCGACCUACCUUGUCGCCUUUGCGUGCGGCGAGUUUGCCAAGCUCGAGAGCGAGCACCACUCCAAGCUCACUGGCAAGACCGUCCCCCUCACGAUCUACGCUACCCCCAACCAGAUUGGCCAGGCUCAGUUCGGUCUCGACAUCAAGAAGUGGGCUCUCCCCGUCUACGAGGAGAUCUUCGACAUUGCCUACCCGCUCCCCAAGCUCGACACCCUCGUCGCCCACGACUUUGACGCCGGCGCCAUGGAGAACUGGGGUCUCAUCACUGGCCGUACCACUGCCUACCUGUACGACCCCGAGAAGUCUUCGCUCUCCGCCAAGAAGCGUGUUGCUACUGUGCAGUGCCACGAGCUCGCGCACAUGUGGUUCGGCGACAUUGUCACCAUGAAGUGGUGGGACAACCUCUGGCUGAACGAAGCCUUUGCCACUCUUAUGGGUGAGCUGGUCAUCCCCGACCGUAUCUGGCCCGAGUGGAAGGUCCGCGCCGAGUUCCUCAACUCGCACCUUACCUCAGCUCUCGCGCUCGACUCGCAGCGUUCGUCGCACCCCAUCGAGGUCGACUGCCCCGAUGCCAACCAGAUCAACCAGAUCUUCGACUCGAUCUCGUACUCGAAGGGUGCUUCGGUCCUCCGCAUGCUUUCUGGCGUUGUCGGCGAGGAGAAGUUCCUCAAGGGCGUGUCCAUCUACCUCAAGAAGCACGUCUUUGGCAACGCUGAGACCAAGGACCUCUGGGACGGUAUCUCCGAGGCCUCGGGUCUUGACGUUGCUUCGAUCAUGGCCAACUGGACCCUCAAGGUCGGCUUCCCCGUGAUCACCGUCGAUGAGUCGUCGGGUGACGGCAAGAUCAAGCUUACCCAGAACCGCUUCCUCUCGACUGGCGACGUCAAGCCCGAGGAGGACGAGGUCCUCUGGUGGGUUCCCCUCGAGGUCAAGACCGUCGAGGCCGGCAAGGCUUCGGUCGACCACAAGGCUGUUCUCUCGGACCGCUCGGUUGUCUACGAUGUCAAGGGCGCCGAGACCUUCAAGCUCAACGCCGACACCGUCGGUGUCUACCGUGUCAAGUACUCGCCUGAGCGUCUUGCCAAGCUCGGCAAGCAGGCUACCGACUUCACUGUCGAGGACCGCGUUGGCCUCGUCUCGGACGCUGCCAGCAUCGCGCGUGCCGGUUAUGCCAAGACUUCGGGCUCGCUCAACCUCAUCAACGAGAUGGCCGAGACCGAGACCGAGUACCUGCCCUUCGCCCAGAUCGGUGGUGCCCUGGGCAAGAUCUCGGGCACCUGGUGGGAGCAGCCCCAGGAGGUCCGCGACGCCAUCAACAAGCUCCGUAUCAAGGUGUUCCGUCCCAUUGUCGACAAGAUGGGCUACGAGCAUGGCCCCGACGACGCUCCCGACGUCAAGGAGCUCCGUGAGCUUGCCGUCUCGACCGCCGCUGCCGCCGAGGAUCCUCAGGUCCUUGCCGAGCUCAACGCUCGCUUCCAGCCCUUCCUCGAGAGCGGCGAUGACUCGCGUAUCCCUCCCGACCUCCAGCGCUCCAUCUACUCCAACGCCGUUCGCUACGGUGGUGAGGCCGAGUACAACAAGAUUCUCGCCACUUACAACAAGCCCCCCAACCCUUCCACCAAGGUCGACGCCAUGUACGCCCUCUGUGCUGCCCGCGACGACAAGCUGCUCGAACGCACUUUCAACAUGUUCACCGACGGUUCGGUCAAGGACCAGGACCUGUACAUCUUCUUCUUCGGCCUCGGCGGCAACCGUGCUGCCCGCCGCCGCAUCGCCGACUACUUUAUGGAGAACUGGGACGCCCUCAACAAGCGCUUCUCCGACUCGUUUGGUAUCUCGUACCUCAUCAAGGGCGCGCUUGCACAGCUAUCGAGCAAGGAGGACCUCGCCAAGGUACAGGAGUUCUUCAAGGACAAGGACAUUCGCCGUUUCCGUCUGUCGGUCGCCCAGAUCUACGACACCAUCCAGGCCGCCUCGGACUGGCUUGAGCGUGACCAGAAGGACGUCGAGCAGUGGCUCAAGGACAACAAGUACCUUUAA